GUAGAAAAAUAGGCGGCAGGGAAAACUCGGCUGGAGCGAGAAGCGACCUCGCGAGUCCAUGGACAUCUUGACUUUCGCGAGGUCGCAAGGAAAGCAGCCCUGUCACGCGGAUUCCACAAAGGAAGAGUUGCCAACUUCAAACUUCCCCUUCGCACCCUUGUAGCCGUAGCACAGGCCAAACAAUUCUGAAGUCCGCCCAACCUUGCCCGUGUUAGGGGUGUGGGCCGGCUCCCACACCCCUAACGUUCAUAAUGGUUAAAAAUAGCACCCGUAAGGUGUCGCUGCGAAGCGUUUGCAAGGACGAGGCAACGCUCGCAGCAAACCGAGCCUGUACAAACCGACCCCGGCUAUGUCCGGGAGAUGAGGCUAGUAUCGGAACCUUCGGCCUCAGACGGAGGACGUGGCGUGGCGGCACAGCCCACUUUUCCCUUGAAAGGGAGAGCCACCUUUUCUUGUUAGUGGUUGGCCCAAAAGGUCCUGGGACGGGCCGUGGCGUGGAGCGUGGAUGAGUGUCCAAUCUGUGAGCGCCGGCAGUAGCACGGACCGCUUGAGCUCCUUCGCCAAGAUAAUUCAUUUCACACAUAUACCCCACCAUCAGCAGACUCUUCGCUCCUGUUGACUUGCAGUGCGACCGCUCGCCUUUCACGAAACGACGCUGACACAAUUUUCCUUCUUUCUCCUCGACGAAAGCUGAAAUUUAGACUGCCACGAAUUCAUUUGCAAUGGCGGUGGACUUGGGGAGAAUUCAGAAGGAGCUGAAGGAGAUCGAACGUGACACGGCGUCUGGAGUAACGGUGCAUUUGAAAAACAACUCGCUACAGCACUUGACAGGCUAUGUGCCCGGGCCAAAGGACACGCCUUACGAGGGCGGGCUGUUUGCGGUGGAGAUCAACCUGGACAACGGUUAUCCCUUCGUGCCACCCAAGAUGCGGUUCAUUAACAAGGUGUGGCACCCCAACGUGAGCAGCCAGAGCGGCGCCAUCUGCCUGGACAUCCUCAAAGACCAGUGGAGCCCUGCCCUGACGCUCAAGACGGCGCUGCUGAGCCUUCAGGCGCUGCUGUCCAGCCCGCAGCCAGACGACCCGCAGGACGCGGUGGUUGCCAAGCAGUACAUCAGCGACCACGAGACCUACAAGAAGACAGCCAAGUACUGGACGGAGGCGUUCGCCAACCCGAACGCCACGGCGCCCGAGGAGAAGAUCGCCAAGAUCGUGGAGAUGGGCUUCGACCGCGCCGCCGCCAUAUCGGCACUGCAGGAGGCGGGCGGGGACGAGAACGCGGCCCUGGAGAAACUGCUCGGGUAGCAGCGCGGCGGCGGGUGGGGAGGUGGCGGGGGUUGGGUGUGCAGCGGUGGCGGCGGCGGAGGGGGAUGAGGAGGAGCGGUGGAGCGGUGGCGGAGCGGUAAUGGUGGCAGCGUGGUAGCAGCAGCGCCCAACCUGAGGGCGGGAGCGGGUGAGUGGGAGUGUGAAAUGAGUUUGGAUGGAGCGGGGUGGAAGUGGAGUGGGGCGCUGGGCUGGGGGAGGUGGAGGUGGUGGUGGGUGGCCGGGGCGGGGCUGGCGUGUGCUUGCAGAGGAAGGGCGGGACAAGGAAGGUGGCGUGCGCCCGUAUGUGCCUGAAUGGCGGGGGGGCGGAUGUGUGACGGCGGUGGCAGCAGCCGCUGCAGUAGCGGCGUGGGGAUUCACGCGGAGCUGUCAUGAGGAGAGCAGGUCAUUGGCAACAGGAAGAACGAGGCAGGAGGCCAAGCUGUAGCAGAACGCGCCCCGCAAUCCUGGAAUCCACGGGGACAGGUUGGGGGCAGCAGCUAGCCGCGUGCGGAGCGGCAGAAGCAGCCGAGUGAGGCUAGGGUGGCUCGAAGCAGGCACACAUGACUGGUGCACUUUGCUCGCCCACGUGCUGCGUGUCGGGCAUGCGGUCAUGGGGCAUGGGCGGGUAGGAGGCACAUGCGCUGUUGUUCCGGGGGGGUAGCCAUCCAUGGGAUGGUGUGUAUCAAAUAUGAAGUGAAGUGCCGACGUCCAGAGGUACAGCGGGCACACGCGACGCAUUCCAUACCGUUGUUUCGCCAGCGGCAGGCACCCCGGGGGGGGGGGGGUUGCAAGGAUUGGUACAGAGAAGUGUAGCGAAGUAGACAGCAGGCGUGGUGGUGCGCGUACCGAUGACCGAGGGGGGAGCGGCGGACUGGCUGCAGGUGGCGAGGCCUGGCUGGGUCUUGAGCGGUGGCGGUGAGAGCGUUCGUGUGGCAGGGGUGAAGGUUUGUACCUGGCACUUCGUGUGGUGUUGCUCGCUGUUCGCACGCUCUACAUCAAGACAAAAGCUGGACAUGCAGGCGCGGGCUUUGUGACGCGGCUCAUGCGCGGAGGCCGGCAAUGGAGUGGUCGGGAAAUUGCCAUACUGGCAUACCUGUGAGGCGCUUUCAGUCAGGUACGGGGCUGGGCACGUGUGCUUGCGUUGCCACGCGGGCGGCUUGCUGGGCUGGCUGGUGUAAGCCAUUCAGCUGGCGGUGUUGGAGGCUGUAAUACGGUAAGCUA